CGUCUGUCGGGCUUCCCCUGCUGUGAACUGUGGCCAUGGCUGAAACCUCCUACUUGUGGGAGGAGCCUGAAAAACUCCGCAGUUCUGGCGGCAAAGGUGCAGGGAAGCAUGCAGCCAGCUUGUUGGCGCAAGAAGUACAACUGGCCGGUGAAGCCGCUGAAGAAGCGCGGAAGAAUCGCGAAUCUCGAGCGGCGAAGCAGUCCGCGGUGAAACCGGCGGUUGCGAGCCAAGCCGGAGACUUUGUUGGGGAGAAACAGGUCCUGGAAUUCGCGUGUGACGCAAGCUUCAUGCAAGGUCGGGAGGAGGUCCAUCUGAAUCGUCACGUGGUAGUGAAAGACCUCGUGGCGGCGGCCAAAGCCUUCAAGAUGCCACUGAGUCUAGAGAAGCCGGUGGCUUUGUUUGCCGUCUACGAUGGACAUGUUGGGCCAAAGUGCUCCGAGUUUUCAGCGCAAAAUUUUCACAAGAAACUGCUGCCACGACUCUGCAAAACCACCACAGAGGAACAGAUCAAGGACAGCUUGGUUCAAGCCCUGGCAGACUUAGACCAAGAGUUCGUCAGCAAAUUUCGCACGGAUCGCUCCGGGUGCUGCGUACAACUGGCCCUUCUGGUGGGUCGGAAGCUGUGGCUGGCGCAACUGGGCUCUGGCGGCGCUCUGCUCUGCGAGGGCGAUCAGGGGGGCUUCAGCGCCUUUGAAGCCGACAUGGAGAUGGAGGAAGAGCGGAUUCAGAAGGCCGGAGGACAAUUGUUGGAGGUAGCGCCUGGAGUGCGCCACGUUGCCUCGGCGGAGUUCGAACAGCGUCUCAAGGAGUAUCGCAUUCAGAUGGCACAAGGCUUGGGCUGCACUUUGGCUCCUCCCAGCACUUCGCCCUUUUCGCGUGCGCUGGGAAAUCGCGAACUGAAACCUAUGGUAAGUGCAAAACCUGAGGUUCAUGUCUUGUCCCUGGAGCCAAGUCACACAGCCUUGGCGCUAUACUGCGAUGGCAUCUCAGAAGUGAUGAGUUCAGAGGAAAUUGCGAAAGCCUUGAAUCAGCUGCGGGGCCAGGAGAAACGGGCGCCCGGACGACUGGCGCAAGAUGCAUACAAUCGCGGCAGUGAGCAAAACCUCACCGCCAUCACCGUUUUCUUCCGCUUCCCCAAGCGCGGGGCACGCGCCUUCCCCGAGCCGCGGCCGGCUCCGCCGGCGCCGCCGGCGCCGCGGCCGGCUCCGCCGGAGCCGCCGCUGAAGGCACCGAAGGUGGAACAAAGGCCGAAGAUGGCACGGGCGGUGACGCAAGAUGACUUGAGGGAGAUCAAAGCUGCUCGAAGGGAGCAGAGGGAGCAGCAGAACGAGGCUCCACAAAACGAGCAUCUCUUCAUCUACGUGCAGAACGAGGAGAAGGGUGAGAGGCACCUUUUAGAGGCUGCAGGGCAGCUCUUUGAGGAUGAGGACGGCCAUGUGGCGCACGAGUUCCUGGAGGAAUGCGCUCAAGGCCUGCGGCUCAAGGCGUGCAGACGCCACGGCUCGGCCAAGUGAUGGGAGAAAA